AUGGCAUCGGUCGGGAGGGAAAACAUUGACAUGGGAAGCGGCGCGACUGAUCAUUCGGCCGCGAACCGGUCUCUGCCAAGUUCCGACAACAGCGCAACAGCAGGCGUCGCAGGUUCCUUUGGCACUGCAACCGUGGAUCCAGGGGUUGCACUGCGGCCACCCAGGAGAAUGGAGGAUAUGUCGCCGCAGGAAAUUAUUCAAAUGCUCCCCCCAGAGGAUCGCCAUGCUAUCUCUCGCGUUGCAGCGCAAGGCAGAUGGACUGGCCUCUUCACUGCGGCGGCGACGGGCGCGGGCGUGUAUAGAGCGCUGAAACGCCGGGGCACAGCAAUGCCUGCAGUGGGGGCGGUGCUGCUUGGGCUCACCUUGGGCUAUCCACUUGGCGUCUCACUAACGGUGGCCUUCAAUGGCAGUCUUCUCAGGAGAAUCAGCGGUGAUAUUUUGGAAAUACAGCGACGAAAUCGAGACGCCCACACCGGCUCGGCAGCAGGCUAUGACUCAACGUUUCCUGCCAGCCAAAAUUGGCGACCGCAGCAACAGACGUGGGGGUCGUGGAAUCCCCCUCAGCCAGCAGAUCAACAAGCGAACUGGUCCGACACGAGGUUCGCUGAGGGUAGCUCGAGUGACAGUGCCUCUGGCCUUAUGUACGAUAAGUGGGGAAGUGACACCUCUAGUGGGAAGUCAUCGAAGGACGAGAUCCUCAAGGAGUAA